GAAGUAGGAAGUAAAUACAGAGGAGUCGAGGUGCCACUGGAAACAAGUCUGGCACCAUGCUGGAAGGCUACAGCCCUGUGACCCAGGCCCUGCUGGGCACUCUGUUCACCUGGGGUCUGACUGCUGCCGGAGCAGCUCUGGUGUUUGUCUUCUCCAGCCGGCAGAAGCGCAUCUUGGAUGGAAGUUUAGGCUUUGCAGCUGGGGUAAUGCUGGCUGCCUCCUAUUGGUCGUUGCUGGCACCGGCGAUUGAGAUGGCAGAGGAUUCUGGGAAAUACGGCUCAUUUGCUUUCUUGCCCGUGGCUGUGGGAUUCACAUUCGGGGCGGCGUUUGUUUACUUCGCUGACCUGGCCAUGCCCCUACUGGGUGUAGGUGCUGACCCGCAUAUUGCCUUGGCUCUGCCCCCCGAAUCUAAGCUGUCCAAAGAGAAAGCAGAGGAUCCCUCAUUCCAAUUCAUGGACCCGGAUGAGAUGACCAUCAGGAUAGGUAGAGCCGGACCUCUUUCAGAUAAGUUAGAAAAUGGAGACGUGUACCAGAGGAGGAGAGGACCUCAUUCAGACAGUUCAGAUGGACACGAAACAGGAAGCAAGCAACAAGAGGGGGUUGGACAGACGGCAAGCAGCUGGCGACGAAUUGUUCUCCUCAUCGUUGCCAUCACCAUCCACAACAUUCCAGAGGGUUUGGCUGUGGGGGUUGGCUUCGGAGCAAUUGGAAAGACUUCAUCUGCUACUUUUGAAAGUGCCAGAAAUUUGGCCAUUGGUAUUGGCAUCCAAAAUUUCCCAGAGGGCUUGGCAGUGAGCCUGCCGCUGCGGGGUUCAGGGGUUUCAUCAUGGACAGCUUUCUGGUAUGGUCAGCUUAGUGGCAUGGUAGAGCCUAUUGCUGGGAUGCUGGGCGCCAUCGCCGUUGUCCUGGCAGAACCUCUGUUGCCAUACGCGUUGGCGUUUGCUGCCGGGGCGAUGGUUUACGUGGUGGUGGAUGACAUCAUACCUGAGGCUCAAGUCAGUGGAAACGGGAAGCUGGCAUCCUGGACCUCCAUCCUGGGCUUCGUGGUCAUGAUGUCACUGGACGUAGGACUGGGCUGACGUCGCCGUGACAACUGGUACCAUGUCAACAGACACUCAAUGGCCAUGAUGUCAUCACUGUGCUGCUGACCUCAGUUUUUUUUAAAAAGGGGACCAAAUGAGGUGUUUUAUUCUAAAACACUGUUUAUCCAUUUUGAUUGUUGCUACUUGAAAUUCUACAGUGAGAACAGAAAAACAAACUAUUUUCUAAAACAAGGUGCGAGGAGGACUGUAUUUGAAGUUGAUAUGUUUUAUUUUUAUGCUAGCAGUCAUUUCCUAAGAGCAGCUGACACUUUUGCCAAAUGGCAGGUAUCUCAUUUAGGAAAGAAUUUAUACAUAUUUAAUGAAUAAUCUCCUAAUUCCAGGGCUUGUGAAUGUUUUGUUGAGAGGCUGUUUUGAGUUUUUCAAACUCAGUUUUUUAAAACAAAAAUUCUCAGUUAUGAAAGUUAAAUGAAUGUUAUUUGAAUUUACUUCCUCCAGUUUUUGUAUAUCCAAAUGAUGGGAAUACUUGAAGUCUGGUGUUUGAUUUGGUAAUUUAUGGGACCGCCAUUGAUUGAUUUGAUUUUGUGUUCUCUAUUCUGACAGACAGGUACUAUGAUUUUACAUACUUUACUUAAUCUCUAUUAUACUGAUAGUCUCAUUUUCAACCAAGUGUAGUGCCUUCUUCUUUUUAGGGCACAGACAGUCUCCUGCCAUCUACAGGUCAGUCUGAAGAAUCACAUGUUGUGUUCCAUGUUGAAUUAUUUAAAUGCUGAAGUUUACUCUGAAUAACAUGAAGUCUUUGUAUAAUUAAAUAACAAAGUGAUUCUGAUU